GCUGUCCUCGACGCCGCCGCCGCCCCCCCACGCCACCACUCCUGUGUCUUCUCCGUGUGUGUGAGAUUGGAACCUGCGCGUGGAUUUGCCGCUGCCACGGGCUGCGUAGCUCGUGAGGUUUAACCGUAGGAAAGAAAAACCAGGAAUGUAAAGAAGAAAUCAAGAUGGAUCGAAGUAUGGGUGUGGAUUCGGUCACCAUCUCUGUUGAGGGGAUGACAUGUAAUUCCUGUGUUUGGACCAUUGAGCAGCGGAUUGGAAAACUGAAUGGUGUACAUCAUAUUAAAGUUUCACUGGAAGAAAAAAAUGCAACUAUUAUUUAUGACCCUAAACUACACACUCCAAAGACCCUACUGGAAGCUAUUGAUGACAUGGGCUUUGAUGCUAUUCUCCACAAUCCUAAUCCUCUCCCUGUUUUAACUGAGACUGUGUUUCUGACUGUUGCUGCUUCACUGGCUGUGCCAUGGGACCAUAUCCAAAACACAUUACUCAAGACCAAGGGUGUGACAGACAUUAAAAUUUCCCCUCAGCAAAGAACUGUAGUGGUGACAGUAAUCCCUUCUAUAGUGAAUGCCAAUCAGAUAAUAGAGCUGCUUCCAGAUCUCAGUUUAGAUACCGGAACUCUGGAGAAAAAGUCAGGAACUUGUGAAGAUUACAGUAUGGCUCAAGCAGGUGAAGUCAUGCUGAAGAUGAAAGUAGAAGGGAUGACCUGCCAUUCAUGUACCAGCACCAUUGAAGGAAAAAUUGGGAAGCUGCAAGGUGUUCAGCGAAUUAAAGUUUCCCUGGACAACCAAGAAGCUACUAUUGUUUACCAACCUCAUCUUAUCACAGUAGAGGAAAUAAAAAAGCAGAUUGAAGCUGUGGGCUUUCCAGCAUUCAUCAAAAAACAGCCCAAGUACCUCAAGUUGGGAGCUAUUGAUAUAGAACGCCUAAAGAAUACACCAGUCAAAUCCUCAGAAGGAUCACAGCAAAGGAGUCCAUCAUAUACCAGUGAUUCAACAGUCACUUUCACUAUAGAUGGCAUGCAUUGUAAAUCAUGUGUGUUAAAUAUUGAAAGUGCUUUAUCUACACUCCAAUAUGUAAGCAGCAUAGUAGUUUCUUUAGAGAAUAGAUCUGCCAUAGUAAAGUACAAUGCAAGCUCAGUCACUCCAGAAACCCUGAGAAAAGCAAUAGAGGCUGUGUCACCAGGGCAAUAUAGAGUUAGUAUUACAAGUGAAGUUGAGAGUACCUCAAACUCUCCCUCCGGCUCAUCUCUUCAAAAUAUUCCUUUGAACAUAGCUAGCCAUCCUCUGACUCAAGAAACUGUGAUAAACAUUGAUGGCAUGACUUGUAAUUCUUGUGUUCAGUCUAUUGAGGGUGUCAUAUCAAAAAAGGCAGGGGUAAAAUCCAUACGAGUAUCUCUUGCAAAUGGCAAUGGGACUGUUGAGUAUGAUCCUCUACUAACCACUCCAGAAACCUUGAGAGAAGCAAUAGAAGACAUGGGAUUUGAUGCUGCCUUGUCAGAUACAAAUGAGCCAUUUGUAAUAAUAGCUCAGACAUCAUCGGAAAUGCCGCUUUUGACUUCAACUAAUGAAUUUUAUACUAAAAUGAUGACACCAAUUCACGACGUGGAGGCAAAGACUUCAUCUAAGUGUUACAUCCAGGUCACUGGUAUGACUUGUGCUUCCUGUGUAGCAAACAUUGAACGGAAUUUAAGACGAGAAGAAGGAAUAUAUUCUGUACUUGUGGCUCUGAUGGCUGGCAAGGCAGAAGUAAGGUAUAAUCCUGCUGUUAUACAACCCCCAAUGAUAGCUGAGUUCAUCCGAGAGCUCGGAUUUGGAGCCACUAUGAUAGAAAAUGCUGAUGAAGGAGAUGGUGUUUUGGAACUUGUUGUGAGAGGAAUGACGUGUGCCUCCUGUGUACAUAAAAUAGAGUCUGUCCUCACAAAACACAGAGGGAUCUUCUACUGCUCUGUGGCCCUGGCAACCAACAAAGCACAUAUUAAAUAUGACCCGGAAAUUAUUGGUCCCAGGGAUAUUAUCCAUACGGUUGAAAGCUUAGGUUUUGAAGCUUCUUUGGUCAAGAAGGAUCGAUCAGCAAGUCACCUGGACCAUAAGCGAGAAAUAAGACAGUGGAGACGGUCCUUCCUUGUGAGCCUCUUUUUCUGUAUUCCUGUAAUGGGGCUGAUGAUAUAUAUGAUGGUUAUGGAUCACCAUCUUGCAACUCACCAUAAUAAGAACAUGAGUCAAGAAGAAAUGAUCAACAUUCAUUCUUCUAUGUUCCUGGAGCACCAGAUCCUGCCAGGAUUGUCCAUUAUGAAUUUGCUAUCCUUUCUAUUGUGUGUACCUGUACAGUUUUUUGGAGGCUGGUACUUCUACAUUCAGGCCUACAAAGCACUGAAGCAUAAAACUGCAAAUAUGGAUGUACUGAUUGUGCUGGCAACCACCAUUGCAUUUGCCUACUCUUUGGUUAUUCUUCUGGUUGCAAUGUAUGAAAGAGCCAAAGUAAACCCUGUUACUUUCUUUGAUACACCUCCUAUGCUAUUUGUGUUUAUUGCACUAGGCCGGUGGCUGGAACAUAUAGCAAAGGGUAAAACAUCAGAGGCUCUUGCCAAGCUAAUUUCACUACAAGCUACAGAAGCAACUAUUGUAACUCUUGACUCUGAUAAUAUUCUCUUAAGUGAAGAACAAGUGGAUGUGGAGCUCGUUCAACGUGGAGACAUCAUUAAAGUGGUUCCAGGAGGCAAAUUUCCAGUGGAUGGUCGUGUUAUUGAAGGACAUUCUAUGGUAGAUGAGUCCCUUAUCACAGGGGAGGCAAUGCCUGUGGCUAAGAAAUCUGGCAGCACAGUAAUCGCUGGUUCCAUUAACCAGAAUGGGUCACUACUUAUCCGUGCAACCCAUGUUGGAGCUGACACAACACUUUCUCAAAUUGUUAAACUUGUGGAAGAGGCACAAACAUCAAAGGCUCCUAUCCAGCAGUUUGCAGACAAACUCAGUGGCUACUUUGUUCCUUUUAUUGUUAUUGUUUCCAUCGCUACCCUCUUGGUUUGGAUUAUAAUUGGAUUUCUGAAUUUUGAAAUUGUGGAGACCUACUUUCCUGGAUAUAACAGAAGUAUCUCCCGAACAGAAACGAUAAUACGCUUUGCUUUCCAAGCCUCUAUCACAGUUCUGUGCAUUGCAUGCCCCUGUUCACUGGGACUAGCCACUCCGACUGCUGUGAUGGUGGGUACAGGAGUAGGCGCUCAAAAUGGCAUACUAAUCAAAGGUGGCGAGCCAUUGGAGAUGGCUCAUAAGGUGAAGGUAGUGGUGUUUGAUAAGACUGGAACCAUUACCCAUGGAACCCCAGUAGUGAACCAAGUAAAGGUUCUAGUGGAAAGUAACAGAAUAUCACGCAGUAAGAUCCUGGCCAUCGUGGGAACUGCUGAAAGUAACAGUGAACACCCUCUAGGAGCAGCCAUAACCAAGUACUGCAAGCAGGAGCUGGACACUGAAACCUUGGGUACCUGCGUAGAUUUCCAGGUUGUGCCAGGCUGUGGUAUUAGCUGUAAAGUCAUCAAUAUUGAAGGCUUGCUACAUAAGAAUAACUGGAAGAUAGAGGAAAAUAAUAUUAAAAAUGCAUCCCUGGUUCAAAUUGGUGCAAGUAAUGAACAGUCAUCAACUUCAUCUUCCAUGAUUAUUGAUGCCCAGCUCUCAAAUGCUCUUAAUGCCCAGCAGUACAAAGUCCUCAUUGGUAACCGGGAGUGGAUGACUAGAAAUGGUCUUGUUAUUAACAACGAUGUAGAUGAUUCCAUGACUGAACAUGAAAGAAAAGGUCGGACUGCUGUAUUGGUGGCAGUUGAUGAUGAGCUGUGUGGCUUGAUAGCCAUCGCUGACACAGUGAAGCCUGAAGCAGAAUUGGCUGUCCGCAUUUUGAAAUCUAUGGGCUUAGAAGUAGUUCUAAUGACUGGAGACAACAGUAAAACAGCUCGAUCUAUUGCUUCUCAGGUUGGCAUUACAAAGGUGUUUGCUGAAGUUCUCCCUUCUCAUAAGGUUGCUAAGGUGAAGCAACUUCAGGAGGAGGGGAAACGGGUUGCAAUGGUAGGCGAUGGAAUCAAUGACUCUCCAGCUCUGGCGAUGGCUAAUGUAGGGAUUGCCAUUGGCACGGGUACAGACGUAGCCAUUGAAGCAGCUGAUGUGGUUUUGAUAAGGAAUGAUCUUCUGGAUGUAGUGGCAAGUAUUGACUUAUCAAGGAAGACCGUCAAGAGGAUUCGGAUAAAUUUUGUUUUUGCUCUAAUUUAUAAUCUAGUUGGAAUUCCCAUAGCUGCUGGAGUUUUUAUGCCCAUUGGUUUGGUUUUGCAGCCCUGGAUGGGAUCUGCUGCAAUGGCUGCUUCAUCUGUCUCAGUAGUACUUUCUUCUCUCUUCCUUAAACUUUAUAGAAAACCAACUUAUGAGAAUUAUGAACUGCAUGCCCGAAGCCAGAUGGGACAGAAAAGGCCUUCAGAGAUCAGCGUUCAUGUUGGAAUAGAUGACACCUCGAGAAAUUCUCCUAAGCUGGGUUUGCUGGACCGGAUUGUUAAUUACAGCAGAGCCUCCAUAAAUUCACUCCUGUCUGAUAAACGGUCCCUAAACAGCAUUGGUACCAGUGAACCUGACAAGCAUUCCCUUCUGGUGGGAGACUGCAGGGAAGAUGAUGACACCACAUUGUAACAGGCCACACAGAAUGCUACUAGAUGUUGUUAUGCACUGAUACAGCAUUAAUGAUGUCUCCUUAACUUCAAAAUAUCGUGGAAGGACUUUAUAUUGGUCUCAUGCCCUUAUGGUAGGGAGUCUCUUUGAAUUGCAUUUGUCUAAAGGCAAAAAUACCUUUCUUCAGAGCAUUAGCUCUCAACCUAGCUUUAUUUAAAAUGAAUUUCCAAUACUUUUUGUUUUCUCUAGUAACAGAUAAGGUAGGCCAGUGAGGUUUACAACAAGCCCUACAAUUGAAGAUUGCUGAUUUGCUGCUAAAGUGGUAGAUAAUUUUUUAUUUGACCAAAAAGAAAAGGCUCAAGAGAAAGGAUACUUGAAAGUUUGAAGAUCUGAGAGCAUGAUCUUGAGGACAUUCUUGAGCCCUCAGCCCUGCCAGGUUGGGGAACAAGGGCUUUAAAACACUGUAUAAAGCAUCUGGUUUUAGAAGGAAAACAGUAGAAACUGUUUAAAAAUAGACGUGCCUUAUUUAUUACAGGCUUCCCCCCCCGCCCUUCUCUCUGCAUCUUUGUCUUUGCAGUUGCUUUCUUAGAUGCCCUAGUACGGUUCUUUGUCGUUGUUAUUGUUCUUUCGAGUGAGCUCAGUGUAGGUGAUUUUUGAUGGAUAAAAAUAACUGACAACUUUUCCAAUAUCUUCUUCCUUUCUUUAUCUUGUAGCCCAAAAGACCUUAAGGGUCCAGAGGGUUCUUUGUUUCCUAUCUCUCCAUUGUUGUAAAAAAAAAAAAAGAUAUCGGAUUCUUCUUUCAUUGACUCCCUAGCUCUGUACAAACUUUCAAUUUACUCCUGCUUAGUUCCACUAUAAAUUGUUCUUAGUCUCUCAGCCUCAGUCCAGAAACUUAAGAUUUUGAGCCUCUUCCACAGUUGACUUUUUCAGAUUAACACUACCAUCUUUAACAUAUACGGGUCAUAUGAAAUUACCUGGAUUCACUAAAUUUGUCCUUUAUGGGAGAGAAUACAAGACUUUAGCUGGUAUCUAUAAUUUAAUAGAUUUUCAGUAUAUUUUAGUAUUUUAGAUGACUUCUCAAGAUGACUUUAAAAUAAUGCUAUUACACAAAGCUGCAUUUACCAAAAAAUACAAUAAAUUGUCAUACAGAAAUGAGAAUUUCCCUAGGUUGUGAUACCUUUUAGCCAAAUCUAUACUUUUCUCUAGUUUAAAACAUUUGCCCUUGCGAAGUUAGUGUGGUUCGCAAAUUCAGGGGCUGUUCUCAGUGCCAUAUACAUUUAGAAAUCCCCCUCUGAGUGCCUAGGAGUGAAUAUACUGGUGAGAGAUCUGGUACUUGUAUCACUAUUUAAAUUCCUCCUGAAUUGCAAGAUGGAUUUCAUAUGUAGAAUAUGGAAGUGAAAAUAAAUAAAUAAAUUCUUAAUAUUUGGUUCCCAUCACCAUAUGUAAAUCUGUUAGCACAAUGCCUAGCACAUAGGAUCUGCACUCAGUAAAUGUUAGUUCUUUUCUCCCCUUGAGGUCUGUAAUGAAUAUUAAUAAUCAAUUUUUUAGGGCAGAGUCUACAAUCAGGUAGGAGUGGGGGAUGGGUUUCUUCCUCUCCUACUUCCUUUCUCUCUUAUCCUUUCAUACACACACAGAAAAGUUUACCACAUUAUUCCAUGUUGUCUUUUCAGAUUUGGAAAAAAAAAUCUCAUUUUUAUCUCAGCUAUCUUAAAGAGAGAAUUGAAACUAUUGAUGAAGGUGCUAUUAAUCUAGAAAGGCAAACCCGUCUUAAUGAAAUAUGAAUGUGAUUGUAUGUCUAGGCUCUUUAAAUGCCUGUGCCACCUUCUAUGCUUCCACUUUGAAUUUUAAUAUUUGUUUUUUCUUUUAAUUCUAGUGGUUCAUCAUACCACAACUUGUUUCUUCUAGAAGAAACAGCCAAUAGGAAAAAAUGUAUAAUAGACUUUUGACAAAAGAAACACCUCUCUCUCUUUCUCCCUUACUCUUUCUCUGUCUUUGAAACACUUGAACAUAGCCAGUUACUACUUUUAUUUCUAUGUGUGUUUUUGAGUUGUCCUUUUGGGUCCCACUUGACAAGGGACCCACGUGUCCUAGGACAGUGAGAAGAGCAGCCUAUAGUCUGGGAAAAAUCAAGGAUUUAAUUUCACCCCUUGCUAUCAGAACAGAAAACAUGUUUAGAAAGAAUCCUGGUUUAAAUAUCUGAAACCAUCUUUGAAUUCUCUACCACAAGUCUCUUUUGUAAUCCUGAACUCCCAUUAGCUUCAUAGAACAGCUGUAUUCACAGGAGAGAGAGAGAUGAUACCAGGAUCAAAAACAUUGCUUUCAGUUAGUAACUAGCUCUAAGUAACUAGUGGCUAGUGAGAACAAAUGUUAUAAAUGUAUAUGUGUGUAUGUAUAUGUCUAUUCAUACAUAUGUACACACACAUAUUUACCAUAUAGAAGGAAAAUGGAUUUAUAUUUGAAUUUGACAUUUGAAUAUCUGAAGUUCUUUAUUUGUUGUUCCCUUAUCACUCUUCUGUAUUCACUCAGUAACCAUGCCCUCGGUCUGAAGAUAACAAGGAUGUUUUGAUAUCCAGUGCUGGCUCUGACUCAACAAUGGGGCACCUUUUAUCUUGAAUAUCCAAAGAUGCCUUUUGAAUUUCAAAGGUUAAAACACAACUAGAAUACUUAGUGUCCUAGUCUAAAGAAGUAUGGUGGUCAGUUGUGAAAAUAGAGGUGUUCUUUUUCCUAGUUUAGUAUCAGCAUUUUAGAGUGUUAAAUUUGAUGCCUUGUGAACAAAACAUUUUAUAUUGUGCUUUAACUUUUUAAAAGUUUAUUUUUUUCUUUUUUCAGAUGUCUUCUUUCUUCAGAAUGCUUAAAAUAGCACUGUAGACAAGAUGUUUCCAAAAAUUUAAGUGUGCAUAUCUUUUAUGUACACAGCUUAAAAUCAAGAAUGUAUGUUCUUUGAGAAUUUUUUUCCCAUUUCUUGUGAAUCUUGCUUUAAAAUUAUUUUUCUUAAUAUUUAUUUUACUCUAUUUUGUUAUUUUCUUUGGCUGAGGCAUCUGGUUAUUGGUUAUUUUAAUAAGAAUAAAAACAUUCCUGGAAUCACUCCCUUUGGAUUUUUUGCUUGUUUAUUUUGUACUUUUCUACAUUUAAAAAUAUUAUUUUACCAAAUAUAAAAAAUAUGGAUUCAUGCCGAAUUAUUAGCUAUUUUUACACUAAGUUUCUGUAGUCCCUCUGAAAGUUUAUCUGGUGUGAAUAACCAGGUAAAGCAAAAAAGCAUGAAAUCUUGUUCUUCAGUUAAAAGAGCUUCUAUCAUGGCAUUGAUAAUAGAUACCUUUUGUAGCCAAAACCAGGCGUCUCAACCUUAUGUUUUUAGUUAAAUGUUUAACUAAACAUUGUUAAACAUUGAUUGUUUGGUACCCAAAACAGCAGUGGACAAUGUUGUGCAAUAAUCAUCUACUACAGUUAAGAUAUUCAGUAGUUUGUUUUUCCAUAAGCAUGUAAUUGAUCAUAUUUCUGCCAAGGAUGUGCCUUCAAAUUUAUAAUUAUAGUAUUGUAGAGAAA